AUGAAGUCUGUUUCGCUUGGCACCGAGGUGACUCUGCAGUGUUCACUUCAGUCAGAGAAAAAAGAAAAAGAAAGCACGGACCAGUGUGCCGAUGAGCACAACGUGUUCUGGUUCAGAGCAGAAUCAGAAUCGAAUCCAGGAUUCAUCUAUGUUGAUAAAAAGCGCUGUGACACACAACCAGGAGGCAGCUGUGAAUACCGCCUGUCUAAAACCAUACAGAGCCCCUCGGAUACUGGAACAUACUACUGUGCUGUGGUCACAUGUGGAGAGAUCCUGUUUGGAGAAGGAACCAAAGUGGAGACAAGACAAGAAUUUUGCCUGUAUGCUAUUGUGCUCAGUGGACUUUUGGCCUGUUCUGUACUUGUAAACAUCACUUUGAUUCUCACAAGAAGAAAGCCUAAGCGGCUUCAGGAAAUUCACAAAGAUGUAACAGCCACAACUCUUACUGAACUGGAUGAGGAUCAACCAUGCAAUAUGGAUGGUGAAGAGGAUGGGAUGAACUAUGUGGCGCUAAAUUUUCCAUCACGAAAACCUACAAGAUGGAAGAGUAAGAGGGAGACAUCGGAGGACUCCACAUAUUCAAACAUCAAACUGUCCUUAAAAAAUGGCAAUGUCCAUCAAUAGGGAUUAUCCAAAAUGAACAUAUGUGCAGAUAUUUGAUUUCUCUAUAGCUGAUUGUAAUUGUAAUUGAUCUUGAGACCAAAUACUGUAUUUGGUGCAACGUUGUUGUUAAAGCUUAGCAUGAC